CUCAUGCGCUUACUCCCCUACCCUUCCCUUCACUUUCCUUUCCCUUUCUCCCCUUCCAUCAAUGGAGAUCAAUGCCAUGAACCACACAAAAUCACCCGCAUUGAAAAGAAACGCAUUGCAUGAGGAAGAAGAAGCUUUACCCACUUCCCGAAGCACCACCACCAGGAAAAGGAGACAAUACUCCACCAAGGAUUCUUCGACCCAAACGCAAGACGAUGAUGAAGACGACGACGAUGAGAAGGUCGAAGUGAAGAGGAAGAUCGUGGCAUUGCAAAGGAUAGUUCCGGCAGGCGAGGAUUUGGGUGUCGACAAGCUGUUCGAAGAAACUGCUGGGUAUAUACUGGCUUUGCAGUGCCAGAUUAGGGCUAUGAAAGCUCUUACCGGCUUCAUUGAAGGCGUCGAUAAGGAGAAACGAAAGGUCGGAGGUUGAUCUCGAUUGAAGCAGAUCGGUUGUUUUCUCGUCGAGUGUAAUCUGGCUUAUUCCCCCCUUUGCCUACCUUCGUUUCCUUUUGUUUUGAUUAGAAAAUGCAGAGAGAUCUGUUAAUGGGAUGAUUGAAGAAUGAAGAAUGAAGAUG